AUGGGUGUCUUCAGAUUCAUUUCCAUCUCCCUCGCGGCUGUGUCCGCCGCCAAUGCUGCGCAAAUUCUCUCCAUGUCCCAUGCGCAGACCGUCCCCAACUCCUACAUCGUUGUGAUGAAGGAUGACACCUCUGAUGAUGACUUCGUUCACCAUCAGAGCUGGCUCCAGUCCACUCACACCCACAACGUUACCCGCCGUGCUACCGUCCAGAACGCUGGUAUGAGACACAAGUACACCUUUAACAAGAUGAAGGGAUACAGUGGUGUCUUCGACGAGGACACCAUCAACGACAUUGCCAAGGACCCCAAGGUCAUGUUCGUCGAGAAGGACAGCAUCGUCUCCGUCCACGGCCAGCCAGUCGAGCAAAAGAACGUCGAAUCUUGGGGUCUUGCCCGUAUCUCCCACGGACAGCCCGGAGCCAACAGCUACGUUUACGAUAGCUCCGCUGGUGAGGGUAUGACUGUUUACAGCGUCGACACUGGUGUCGACGUCAACCACGAAGAUUUCGAGGGCCGCGCCAUCUGGGGUUCCAACCAGGUUAACGAUGGUGACAACCGUGAUGGAAGUGGCCACGGCACCCACACCUCUGGUACCAUGGUCGGCAAGAAGUUCGGUAUUGCUAAGAAGGCUAAGCUCGUCGCCGUCAAGGUUUUGGGCAACGACGGAAGCGGCCCUACCAGUGGUAUCGUUGCUGGUAUCAACUGGAGUGUUGAGCACGCCCGCAAGAACGGCGGUCUCGACAAGGCUGUCAUGAACAUGUCUCUCGGUGGAAGCUCUAGCUCUGCCCUCAACCGUGCUGCCGCACAGGCUGUCCAGGAUGGUAUGUUCCUUGCUGUCGCUGCCGGAAACGACAACACCGAUGCCAACGGUAGCUCCCCUGCCUCUGAGCCAACCGUCUGCACCGUCGGUUCCUCCGCCGAGGAUGACUCCCGCUCCUCUUUCUCCAACUGGGGACCUGAUAUUGAUAUCUUCGCCCCCGGCUCCAACAUUAUCUCCGCCAAGCCAGGUGGUGGUUCUCAGUCUAUGUCCGGAACUUCCAUGGCUGCUCCCCACGUCGCUGGUCUCGCUGCUUACAUCAUGGCUCUUGAGGGUAUCUCCGGUGGUGCCGUCUGCGACCGUCUAAAGGAACUCGGCAAGGCUGUCGUUUCCGACCCCGGCCCAGGCACCCAGACCAACACUCUCAUCUUCAACAACGCUGGCAAGCCCGGUCCUGGCGGGGAUGGCAAGAAGACCCCAUCUCCCAAGCAGCCAACCCCAAAGAAGCCCACCCCACAGCAGCCUGCCCCAGAGGAGCCAUCUGCUCCUAUUCCUCAGCCACCAUCUCCUCAACACCCACACACCCCAUACCCCGGUGACGACUUCGACUUCGAUGGAUUCUGGAAGAAGUACUUCGGCGGUGACCACUGGCGCAAGACCUUCAGCAACUUCUGGAACUAG